AUGGAUGCACACCCAUCAGCAAUUUUGGUGGUUGUUUUGGUGUUGCUUUUUUGGGUUGGGGCAAUGAGUUUCUCUUAUGGAAAUCCAAAUGCCAUCCAUUGUAGGGUAGAGGAAAGAGAAGCCCUUCUCGAGUUCAAAAAAGGUCUCAGGGAUCCUUCCAACUGCCUCUUUUUGUGGGUAGGCGAAGAUUGUUGUAGGUGGAGAGGAGUUCGGUGUGACAACACUACGAGUCAUGUUCUCCAUCUCAACCUCUCCAAUCCAAUCAAUCCUAUUUAUGAUUUUUACGAUUAUGGUUUGGAUGGAAACAUAAGUGGUUCAUUGCUGCAAAUGAAGCAUCUCCAGCACUUAGACUUGAGUCGCAAUGAUUUUGGAGGGCUUAAAAUUCCUGAUUUCUUUGGUUCCCUCACCUCUCUCACAUAUCUUAACCUGUCUUUGGCAAGAUUUGGUGGCUCUAUUCCACCUCAAAUUGGGAAUCUUUCAAGUUUGCAUUAUCUUGAUCUUGGCCGCAAUGUUUAUUAUGAUUUUUUAACUAAAAAUUAUAAUGAUCUGUACUUUACGUCAGAUGACGUAAGAUGGAUUUCUCAUCUCACCUCAAUUGAGUUUCUAGACAUGAGUUAUGUGGAUCUCAGCCAGGCAUCAAGUAAUUGGCUACAGGUGAUGAGCAUGCUCCCUUCCUUAUCCACUUUACACUUAUCUAAUUGUUCGUUGGGUAACACUCUUCCACUUUCUCACGCCAAUUUUUCUUCUCUUUCCACCCUCGAUCUCUCAUAUUACCUCUUCAAUUCUUCAAUAUUGGGCUGCCUCUCUAGUCUUCCUUCUCUUCUUUCACUCAGUCUGGAGAACUCCUAUUUCCUAAGGGGUUCAAUUCCUGUCUCUCUACAAAACGUGACAACUCUUCAAAUGCUUGAUCUUUCUUAUUGUGAGCUCAACUCUACAGUACCAGAAUGGCUAUAUGGCAUGACUAACCUUCGAAGCCUCCAUUUUUCAUGGGACAAGUUUCAAGGUUCAAUUUCAGGUGCUAUUGAGAAUCUUACGUCACUCACGGAACUCGAGCUACCUGGCAAUGACCUUGAAGGAAGAAUCCUAGGAUCCUUGCGGAAUCUUUGUUAUUUGAGAGUUUUACAUUUGUUAGGGAACCAACUCAAUGGAGAUAUAUUUGAAUUUUUAGGACAUUAUUCAUCUAAUUCAUGCAUCCAGGAGACACUGGAGGCUUUGGAGUUUGGUGAUAAUCACCUCUUAGGUCAAUUAGCAGAAUUUAAAAGUUUGUCCUAUCUUAAUAUUUCUGUUAAUUCCAUUUCUGGUCAAAUUCCUGUGUCAAUAAGGAAAUUGUCAUCCUUAAAGCAGUUGGAUAUUUCUUCCAACUUUUUCAACGGGAGUAUUCCAUAA